AUGCAUCUGCUUAAUUCAAAUGCAAAAGAGAAACAAGCAAUGCAUACAAACAUUAUGAGACUUAUUGGCAUCAGGCCUGCAACAGGUUUUAAUUUAACUAGUACACCAUUUGGUUCAACUACUCCAACAUCUACAUUAACAUUUGGAGCUUCUUCAACACCAACAACAACUACUGGUCUCAAUUUUGGUUUCAGUAAUACACCUGCAACCUCAGCACAAAUGCAAUCAGGUGGUUUACUUUUGGGAUCUAAUCCAACUGUUACAACCACUGCUAGUAAUUUAUUCCCAGCUCCAACUACUUCUGUACCAUUAUUUAGUGGCCUUACUUUUGGCACACCAGCAGUAGAAAAUAAUUUGACAUUUGGUGCUCAGCCUAUUACAUCAACACCUGGAAAUAUUAACUUUGGUACACCUACUACUACAACUUCACUUUUUGGAGGCAAUGGGUUAUUAGGAUCAAAAUCUAUGAGAGUCGGUAAUACUACAUCUACUACCACAAGUAUUGCAAAUAAAGGACUAGGUGGUUUAGAUGUAUCUGUAAGCAAUAAAGGUCUCUCACAAGGAAGUAGUAGUCUAGCAGCUGCUAAAGAGAACAUUUGGCCACCAAAAUUAUUACAAACAAUAGAUGAAUUCAAAGAGUUUGUAAAAGAGCAAAAAGUAUUGUCUUCUGAUAUAGCAAGAGGUUCUGCAAGACCAUUAAAUCGAUGUGCCGAAGACACUGCAUCAUUAAUGGAACUUUUAACAACCUUAGCUGGAUCUGUUCAACGAGAUCGUUCUUCUGCUGAUAAAUUAAAGCAGGAUACAGCUAAAGCAUUACAAAAUUCUGAAAUAGCUCAAAGAACACAUGAUACUCCACCUGGAUUGCAAUAUGAAAAUAAUGCACCAUUGCUGUUUUUCAUGGAGUUAGCUGAUUGCUUUGAACAUGAUUUAAUGCUAUUCAGAUCUCAAAUUGAAACAACAGAAAAACAUAUACAAACAAUGAUGACUCCAAAAACUCUAACGCCGCAAGAAUUGACUAUGGCUAUGAGUAAGCUUCACGAGUCUCUUGUAGCUGUUGCUGGUAAAUUACAAGGUGUGCAUUCAAAGGUGCAACAACAAAAAGAACAGUAUUUGAAUUUUAGGAAAUAUGUUUUGAAAGAUAAUACAAACAUUUUCGAAGAUAUUAAAGCAGAUGGAAAAACAUCUCGGAAUAGUAUUGGAAAAAUUACGAGCGGCCCAACUCCAUUUGGACCAGGAAAUAAAAGUUUUCUUUCUUCAACAGCAUUAAGUUCUAAUAGACCAGGAAGUUAUGAAGCACGAAAUCCAUUAGUUUGGGGAAAUACAGUACCAUCUGCUACUAACAUUACAUUAGGCUCAUCAUUGAAACCACCAACUGCAAGUUUGACUUAUAAUACCCCAUCAAAUCUUACUGCACCUUUAUCAACAAAUGAAUCGAAUUCGAGUUUUCAACUUCAAAAACCACCUAUUAGUAAUAAAAGAGGGAAACAUUAA